ACGCGGCCUGAGGGAGCGGCCGGCUGCCGCCUCGCCCGCCGCGGGGUCCAUGGCCUGAGCGGCCAUGUCCGGCGUGGUGCGGACCCUCAGCCGCUGCCUGCUGCCGGCCGAGGCCGGCGGGGCCCGCGAGCGCAGGGCGGGCGGCGGCGGGGCCCGCGAUGCGGAGCGCGAGGCGCGGCGGCGCAGCCGGGACAUCGACGCGGGGCUGGCCCGCGAGCGGCGCGCCGUGCGGCGCCUCGUCAAGAUCCUGCUGUUGGGCGCGGGCGAGAGCGGCAAGUCCACCUUCCUCAAGCAGAUGCGCAUCAUCCACGGCCGCGAGUUCGACCAGAAGGCGCUGCUCGAGUUCCGCGACACCAUCUUCGACAACAUCCUCAAGGGCUCGAGGGUUCUGGUCGAUGCACGAGACAAGCUCGGUAUCCCCUGGCAGUACUCUGAAAAUGAGAAGCACGGGAUGUUCCUCAUGGCUUUCGAGAACAAGGCAGGGCUGCCCGUGGACCCCGCCACCUUCCAGCUGUACGUGCCCGCCCUGAGCGCGCUCUGGGGGGACUCCGGCAUCAGGGAGGCUUUCAGCCGCAGGAGCGAGUUCCAGCUGGGCGAAUCAGUGAAGUACUUCCUGGAUAACUUGGACCGGAUUGGCCAGCUGAACUACUUCCCGAGCAAACAGGACAUCCUGCUGGCAAGGAAGGCCACCAAGGGCAUCGUGGAGCACGACUUUGUCAUCAAGAAGAUCCCCUUCAAGAUGGUGGACGUGGGCGGCCAGCGGUCCCAGCGCCAGAAGUGGUUCCAGUGCUUCGACGGGAUCACAUCCAUCCUGUUCAUGGUCUCGUCCAGUGAGUAUGACCAGGUGCUCAUGGAGGACAGGCACACCAACCGCCUGGUGGAAUCCAUGAACAUCUUCGAGACCAUCGUCAACAACAAGCUCUUCUUCAACGUCUCCAUCAUCCUGUUCCUCAACAAGAUGGACCUGCUGGUGGAGAAGGUGAAGACCGUCAGCAUCAAGAAGCACUUCCCAGACUUCAAGGGCGACCCCCACAGGCUGGAGGACGUCCAGCGCUUCCUGGUCCAGUGUUUCGACCGGAAGAGACGGAACCGCAGCAAGCCUCUGUUCCACCACUUCACCACCGCCAUCGACACCGAGAACAUCCGCUUCGUGUUCCACGCCGUGAAGGACACCAUCCUGCAGGAGAACCUGAAGGACAUCAUGCUGCAGUGACGCGGCCGCCCUUGCGCCCGCCGCGGGCCGGGCCUGCCGGGCUGUGCGCGGUCCCGACCCCGAGCCCUGGACACGCAGCUUGGGAUGCGAGGCCCGCGCUCGGCUGCAGGGGGGACACGCGGACGUAGCUGCUGAACCCCGGGGACUCUUGACACUACUGAAAGUCCAGCGGUCACUUUGAUGUUAACGUGUGACGCCCGAUAACACGCUUUCUCUUGUUACAGAAACUGUUCCUUUUCUGACACAGUUCAAUCGGGGACCGCGUGUGUGUGCACGCACGCUCUGUCUUUAGUGACGGAGACGCAAACACUGUCGUCUCUGCGGGUGGCUCUUCUCUCCAACUAGUGAGUCCUUGGUGGGGGCAUUGCCUGGCGGGGUCCUGGGGGUUUGGAGGAGGGGAAGUGUGGGCUGAGCUCGGGGAGCCCACCACCACCUGCCCGAGGGAGCACGUUGCCUUUUCAGUCUCUGGUGCCAGUUUCCCGAGAGGGGGUUGGAGGGUGGGAGUGAGAGCCCGCGGGGGACUUGCCUUAACGCCCCAACACCUGUGCCUUCCUCCCGCCCGUCCCAUCGGCCACGGCCUGUGGGGUGGGUGUGGGCCGGGCGCUGCCUUGAAUCCCCCUCCCCUCCGCACGGGGCAGGGGGUGGUGCCUGCUCGCUCUGUGCCCACCCCCGCCCCUCAGCAGCGCCCUCACGCCAGCUGGCCUUGCGGACUGCCCUCCAUCUCCCGGUCGUCUCACACAUGCGGUCGGCUUGGGGAGCCCGCCGUCUCUGGGGGAAGCCGCGUGCCUCCUCCUCUCGGGGCCCUCUGAGAGCUGGCAGCGGGGCCGCAGCGCCUGCCUUAACACCCCAGGCUCCGCUGCCUCCCUAGACGGCAGGUUCUCAUCACGGUCCCUCGCUUCCACUCACACGCACGCAGCAGAAGCACGUUGGCCGCGGCCUCCUCUGGGGGCCGCUGCGGAGGCUGAAGUGGUGACGUGCACCGUGAGCCCAACCCUCGGGGAAUGUGUCCGGCUGCCCUACCCAGGUGUCUCUCACUGUGUUUAAAAAUACAUUGCAUUCCAAACCAGUCCCUGCCGUGUGUGACUCUGCUCGACAGUGUCCGGCGCGCUGAGGCCUCGUCCCGCGUUUAAACGAGGAAAAGGCUUCCUCCGCCAGCAGCCCGGCCGGUGCCUGUGGCUCAGGGCUGCGCUGCUCCCCGCCCGCGUCCCAGCGGGGGUCCUGCUCCCCUUCACCAGCAGAGAAACUGAUUAAGCUUGUAGCAGAUGCGGGCCCAGGAGGAAAGGGAGGGGCAGACCUGCUCCUGAGUCAUCCUUGUUGUCCAGCGUUUAAUGAGGAGACAGCCUGAAAUCCUGUUUCUCUCUGGGCCCUCAAGACUUCCUGUCCAUGUUUGCCGGGGUUUGGGCUCUUUUUGGCUGGAGAAAAGUUGCUGUUUUUGUACUGCUUCCUGUGGCUCUUCGUAAACCGAAAGGACAUGCCUGGGAUCAGGGCCAGUGACCGAGGUUUAAAGGAGAAAGAACCCUCUGGAUGGACUGCGUCCGGACGUCCUGAGACCCCACCAUCCUCGGGCCUCGAGCGCCCUUCGCCCGUGGGUUCCCAUUGCACACGUGUGUGCGGAUCCACGCUCUUCCCGCCAACCUGGAAACCCCCCCUCGCACUGGCAGAGGCCCCGAGGUGGGUGUGGCCGGCUUGUGAACGGCUUGCUGGUGAGUUGGCGUCCGCCUGGUCAGCGAGCACGGUUUGUCCUUCAGACAGUCAGUCGUGGCUGCCGGCUCACUCUCAGACCCAGGAGCGAGCUCGUAUUGAGUGGCCAUAACUGUGUUGAGUGGCCAGGGAGCCAGGGCAUGGCCCGGCCCAGACCUGACCCACUUCCUCCCCUGUGGCCAGGAGCCGUCCUCGCGCUGAGCUGAGCGGGCAUGAUGGCACUCAGCCCUCCGCUCCAGGAUCCGUGCUCGCCAGAGAUAGGGAUGGCUCCGCAGGCGCCACUGAAACCGUCCGCAGCCUUUCCACACGUAGGUUAUAGUCACUCCUCUCCCAGCCUUAGGCCUUUGUAUUUUAAUCUCACUGUUAGCCGCGAUUUGCUGUCUUUUAUAUUGAGAUGUUGGAGCAGCAGGGGAUGGUCUGCCUCAUCUGUUAUUGCAAAAAUGUAACAAUAAACUUCCUCGAACUAA